UGACGUCAGCGCAAAUAUGUCACCUGUGUGCUGUUAGUGGAGUACUGUUCUGUGCUUUUUGUGCUACUGUGACUAAAUUACUGUGAUUCAUGUGCUCUUGUGGUGGCGGCUUUUGAUGGUAACAUUAAUCCUAUACUGAAAUAAGUGGGAAGGGAAGAAAUGAAAACAAAUCACAACUUAAGUGCAGUUAAUACGCCAUGAAUAGAAACAAUGAAUUUGCCCAUCAUGCGCCGUGGCUUGUCGCCAGAAGGAUGCAAGAUACGUGAUCGUCACCAAGGAAGCCUUACCAUUGGCAUCCAGGGAAUCACAGUGCACCCAGCUGAACGAGGUAGACCUCAAAAUACUUUCUUGCAAGAAAACGUAAGACGACUGCACGAAAUACAAGCUCGAUGUAAGGGACGAGAUAAUAACAAAAGAUCUCAGCCCUUAAAAGCAACAAGAGAGAGUUCAGCAAGUACCACAUCAUCAGUGAGACAGGCAGAUGCCCUGGCACCUAAUCGAAAUGGGUCUGCAAAACCUCGCAGCAGAAGCCAGUGUUCAGAACGAGAAGGGAGUGCACACUCAGACUAUUUUUCUCUCACAGAAGAACAGAUUGAGCCAUUAGUCACCAACCCUACUCACCAUUACCACUCAGAGCAUGAUGGACUUAUAUCAUCAGAUGAUACUGGGAUUUCAAAUAAUGAUUGGGAUGAGGAAAAUAUUGUAAAUCAUCCCAGAGGCUCAAACCAUCAUAGACAAACUCUUAAAAAAAAGUCUCAAAUCUCUGAUCACCAACAAAGGCCAAGAUCAGGAAGUCCAGUUAUAUUGAAGCCUCUCGCCUCAAAGCUGACACAGACUGUACCCACACCAGUGGUCCCAGCACUGAGACAAAUGCCUGCUAGUAAUCAGGUGCUCUUAUCUAAUACUGAGUUGACCCAAGAGAUCAGGAAGAUGAAAUUGGGUAAUUUGAUGUCAAAAAUUAAGCAUCAAAAGCCUUCAUGUGAAGUGGAUUAUAAUGUACAUUAUAAGACAAUUGAAAAUCAACACAAAAUGUUACUUGAUAGUUCUGACAGGUUAAGUUUAUAUGGAUCAUGUGAGGGAAGUGCACGAAAUGACAUUGACACUCAGAGAUCUACCAUGAAAUGUAAAGUACCUGCCAUAACCAAUAGACCAGCAAGUUCAAAGAUGGUACGUGCUCAAAGUUUUGACAGGGAUUUAUUAAGUAAAAAAAAUGGAAAUGCAAUAUCUAGAUCAAAUAAAUUAGGCACUGUGGGGAAUAUAAACAGUAUUAAAAAGAAUUUAGUGCAUCCUUCAUCUCCACAACUUAGGAAAAAGUUUUCAAAAUCGAAUAGUAAUCUCAUCCAUACUAAUCAUAAUGCACUACCAGAUAGUGGGAGUCAUGACCAGUUGGUCAGAACAACUCAAGAGAAAAAGAGAGAUGUCAGUAAUGAUAGAAUUAAUAGCUCAGCCAUGUCACCAAGGAAAGAUGACUUACAAAAUUCUGAAGUUAUCCAGAGGAGUAAAAGUGAUCUAGAAAGGAUUUGGAUUGGAAAAGGUGAAGAAAAUAUACAUGAAACAUCAGUUCACUCGUAUAACCAGAACCACAAAGUUUUUGAUGGCUUUCAUUCAGAUUGUAGAUCAAACUGGGAUGAAGCCACUAAUGUCAGUGUUCCAUUUAAUAGGACAUCAUCUGCUGCUGAACUAGAUCUUAAUGCAACACUAGCUUCUAGUGCUGAUAUGAAUAUUGAUGAUCAAGAUCAGUCAAUUUUCUGUGAACCAACGGGUGAAAAGUUUCACCUGAAUAUACGUUCAGAAAGUCAGAACACUGAAAAUGGGGUGGACCAGAAUGGAGAUACUGAGGUUUGGCCACAGGAUAAUGACUUGAACUCUUUUGACACAGCUGAAAAUGAAGGACAUGUUAUACAAGAUAAAGAUAAAUAUUCAUACAGUGAGGAAAUGAUGCAAGAUGAAAAUAUACGUAGUCAUAUGCCAGUGGGUGAAACCAUGAAAACUUCUACACCUGUGCCAAACAUUCUUCCUGGUAGUCCAGUGGCUAACUCUUCUCCAAAACUUUUGAAGAAGAAAGAACAACAUCAGCUUCAGACUUCAGCUAGAUCCUCACUUAGAAGAUCCCAGUCCUUGAAGAAUGUGCAGCAGCGUCAUGGCGACCCUCCACCCACAUACAAGAAGGGCAGGAUACCAAGGUACAUCUUGGCUCGCAAGGAAGAAGAACGGCGACUGGCAGAGUUGGCUCAGGCUGUUGACCCAGACUGCCCACCUGGCCAUACACCAUUGCCGGAUCACGAGCGUCGAAACACACUCCAUCUUCUCCAGAAAAGCCAAGCUGAAGUAUUGAGAGAGCUGUCAUCAUUACCAGUGGCUCAAGACACUCUCAGGGUUAAGAGAGUUCGUCAUGAUCUGGAGGCAAAACUUGUGCAGAUUGAUGAUGGACUCAGAAUCUUCUCUCAGCCUAAAGUGUAUGUCAUGAAUGAUGAUUGAAGGUGCUAUAUUCAGGCAGAAAAAAUACUAUUCCAUACUUAUGAAUGAAUGAGGCAGUUGUGUUCUAUAUUCUUUACUGUAAUUUUUUCAUAUAAAGGCUCUUAUGAUUAAGUUGCUAUAAAUAACUCGUCUAUGGCUUGAACUCAUUCUCCAUGACAUCUGCUGCUCCUUGUGGAACACUGGGCUAAUCAAUGGAGAAGCACCUGCUCACAUGCACCAUACUUUAACAUAGGUGUACUAUCAUUCUAUAUGAAUAUUCAUCAUCUGUGGAACAAAGAAUAUAUAAUUUGACUUGUAUCCCAAGAGAUAGAUAAUUUAUCUUCUCCAUAUAAAUUGAAGGGUUUCUAAUAUACCAGGUAGGUAGUACGAGUAUUGGCCUAUCAAAUACAACUGGAAUAAGAUUAUUUUCAUCAUUAACAGCAGUAUUUGCCUUAAUAUGAUUUUCAAGUGAGUUAUUGGAAUUUUUUCCAAAAGAUGUUAAAACUUUUUUCUAAUAAAAUGACAUCAAUUAGUGGAGGAAUAAAAAGAUGUCCUCCCUGUGGACAACUUCCUGUGAAUGUGGAAAACAUUCAUAUCUUCAACUUUUGUGCAAAUAUAUUUUCCUUUUCAGUGUACUGUACAGUACAUAUGUACGGUACUGUACUUACUGUGGAUUUCACAUUUUUUUAAUUAAAUGAAAUCAUGUUGUAAUACAUUUACAUCAGCUGUCUGCAGAUUGUCUAGUUUAGCAUUUGGUAUUUUUUGGCAACUUUUAAUACAAGUGAACCAAAUUAUGUUUUGAAUGCCUGUCAUCUCCUCGUCUUUAUAGCAGUGAUACUGCUUAUGAGAAUGAAUAACUACAAGCCGUCCUCACCUUGUACAGUACUCCAGUCUUCAACUUUUGGAAAAUAUGUUUAUCCACGAUAACUUACUAUGGCAUAUACAGUAUAUACAGUAUACACAGAGUACAGAGUAUACUGUACAGUAUAUAAUUCAACAACAAUGGGAACAAGAUAGAUGAUAAGUAAAUGGCCUCUUUUAAUGUAGAGUAUUACAGGGGGUCCCUGGGUUAUGAAUGGGUUCCAUUCCUGAGGACGUUCUUAAGUCGAAUUUGUACGUAAGUUGGAACACAUGCUAUGUGCAUACUGUACUUACAGAACUUUGUUUAAAAUCCCAC